AUGGAUGUGGCGCGCUGUGCUCUACACUCGUGCAGAGCAGCGGCUAUUGCAGAUCACUCCUUGGAGGAUCUUACCCACAUGUAUUGUGAGAGUUGUAGGCGCGCCGCCUUUCGAGAACAUGAAGCUCAAGGCACUUUGAAACGCGCAGGCACGUCCAUGCCAUCUCGUAUUAUAUAUAGAAUAGUUUAUAGACGGUGGGAAGGUGGGCGACGCUGGGCCGCUGGGCGGCCA